CGUUUCGUAGAAAACGUUUAAUGGCGCUUCGUGACGUCCGCCGGACGUUACCAGACAACUAUCCGGGGAAGAUGUUUAAACCUUACUGCUAACUGUUAGCAUGCCGAAAACGGCCUUUAAACUGUUGUUACUUUUUUCUUUUUCCAGCCUGACAUUCUUUGCGGUGCUUCUGCUUCACCUGAAAGCCAGAAAUGUCCCCGCCGCGGUACCGAGCAGCCUGGUAAUUACAAGAAAUAAUACUUCCGUAAACAUACUGGCAGCGGCAGUCCGACCGAAUACGACAGCGACGCCAGGAAGGUCAGGAGGAGCUCUGGGUCCGUGUCCCGACGUCCCUCCGAACCUCCUGGGUUCUCUGUACGUGGAGUUCAGAACCAACCGGACCCUGCAGGACGUCCGGAACCUGGUCGGCCCGUUCCUUCAGCAGGGAGGCCGGUACCGACCAUCCAGCUGCGUCGCAAAACAAAAGGUGGCUGUCAUCAUCCCGUUCAGAAACCGGUAUGAACACCUGACCCACUGGCUCUACUACCUCCAUCCGGUCCUGAUGCGUCAGCAGCUGGACUACGGUGUGUACGUCAUCAACCAGGACGGAGACGGAGUGUUCAACCGGGCCAAGCUGAUGAACAUCGGAUUUGUUGAAGCGCUGAUCGAAUACGAUUACGACUGUUUUGUCUUUUCUGAUGUAGACCUGGUACCAAUAGAUGACAGAAACCUCUACAGAUGUUCUGACCAUCCCAGACAUUUAUCUGUGGCUGUGGACAAGUUUAACUUCAUCCUGCCCUACGCCACCAUCUUCGGUGGCGUCUCAGCGUUGUCCGAACAGCAGUUCCUUAAAGUCAACGGCUUUUCAAACACCUUCUGGGGCUGGGGGGGUGAAGACGACGACAUGUCGCAGCGGAUCUCUUACAGAGGGAUGUUCAUAUCCAGACCAGACUCCGUCACUGGGAGGUACAAGAUGAUACAACAUGAGAGAGAUUCUCACAACGAUCCAAACCCAAGAAGAGUUCAGAAACUGAGAGAAACGUAUUUUAAUAUAAUCAAAGAUGGGCUUAGUACUCUCAGUUACACAGUCAGAGAGAUUAGGAAGGAUUUAUUAUACACUUUUGUUACAGUGGAUGUUCAGGUUCCAGCAGGCUGAUG